AUGGAUGAUAGUUCGCCGGAUCUGUCGCUCAAGUUGCGACGGGGGUCAAGUGACUCAAGGGAGUCCUUCUAUAUGGACUUUGCUCAGGGGAUCGACUCGGAUAUUGAGGAAGUGACAACUAUUGAGAGGAUAAUUCCGGAACACCCGGGCGGAAGGACUGAAGGCGAUUCAGACACACUCGCUACUCCAUCUGGGCUUGAAGACAAGGAUUUAUCGCAAUGGUAA